AUGCACUCCUACACCUUCGCUGUCGCUCUUCUUCCAAUCCUCGCUGCCGCCAUGCCGGCCCCCGAGAUUGGCCAAAUCCCAUGUGGAACCCACCUUGGCCAAAUGCCUUGCACGGCUGAUUCAGGCGAUCAAGCCACAACCACAACGGUGUCUUUCACCCCCUCCACCCCGACGCCCCAACCAUCAAUCGUCUCGGGCGAUCAGUCACCAGAAUCUCAAUGGAGGUCCCAGAACCACAACAGCGAUGUUGUCACCUGCAAGUCCAGCUGGGACUGCAACAGCUGGUGCCAAGGCAAAAUGGGCGGCGCUACCACCGGCUGGGCGGUCACUUGCGAGACCUACGCUCCACCAGGCGUCUCCUUGGACUCGAUGACUGGCCAAUGUCUCUGCUACAAAGACGAUCAGGUCGAACAGAUGCUCCUCGGCCUCGGCGACGCAAUCUGCCUCGCAAUCAACGACGCUGCUUAUGAUACCGCCAUUUUCACUUCCUUCCUCAUUCCAUACGUCGGCGAGGCCGCUGACGCUGGAGCUGCUCUCUUCAGAAUCGGAUCCAAGGUUGUGCGCAAGGGCGCGAAGGAUUGCGGCAUCAAUGUUUGCCCGGGACACAAGUACACUGUUGUCGACCCUGAGGAUUUCCAGAGCCAGGCUGGUAUCUUGGCUUGCGACUAG